AACCCUAGUUUACCCUAAGACUAGAUUUAAUCUAUAUAGUUAUUUGUUAGAAUGUAACAAGUUAGUACUAAGUUAGGUACAGUACCUAGUAGUCUAUAGUACUUAUUAGAAUUUAUAUUAUAAUAUUAUAUUUUGUAGGUAUAUAAUAGGUACACCAUACACACGUGUCAGUGUGUCACCUUAUAUUUGUUGUAAUCCUUUAGCUUAUUACAAAUUAACAAAUAUAUGUCAUCUCAUUUUAUCGGUAUUGAUAGAUCUGUGUAUUCCUACUAGGUCAUCGGUAGGUAAAGUAAAAUAUGUUAUAGGUAUUGACAAUUUAUUUAAACAUACAUUUAAAGUGUACUUGGGAUAACUAAAUCAAAUUUAUAAACAUCAAGAUCCUCUAUUAUUUCCCCAUUUGGUAAUAAUAUGUCUGACCGUAUCAGAAAUAGACGACAUUUUGUAAUUAAUUUUUGCUUGUUAUCUACCCAAAUAUUAUUUUGUAAUGGUUAGAUCAAGAAGUAGAUGAAGAAGCUUUCCGAUGCUUAACUGAAUCUAUGGUGCGAGAGCUUUGUCUACCUAUGGGUCAUCGAGCCAAAAUAGUUAAAAGAAUUUCAGAAUUGAAGUCUGAGUUAUCAUCUAAUGUCCAAAAUUCAUGUAAUUCUUCUUCGGAGACCUCUGUUUUUAAUAUUUUAACUGAUGGUAAUUUGAGUCAUGUAAAUGAUAUACUGAACUCCCAUGAAACCUUGCAGACAAAUUUGGAUGAUUCAAGUAUAGAAAUUAUCAAUCAGGAUUUUUCAACGCUUGGAAACUGUAUUACUGAUAAUAAAACUAGCCCCUGCUAUACAAACAAACAUUUCACCAGCUUCAUUGAUACUCCUGCUAGGACCAGCUUUAUUGAUACUCCUAGCACCAGCCAAAUUGAUACUCCUGCUAGGACCAGCUUUAUUGAUACUCCUAGCACCAGCCAAAUUGAUACUUCUAGCACCAGCUUUAUCGAUACUACAUCAUUAUAUACAUCAAUUAGUUUAAAAUCUAUUUUGAAUAGUUAUCAUGAAGGCAAAAUCAUUUUAGAUAAUUAUUUAAAGAAUAAUGAACUAAAUGGAUUGUUGAGAAAUAAAUUAUCUCAUAUAAUAGUAACGCAUUUGCUCAAACAAAGUGAAGACAAGAAAAUAUCUACUGAAAAAUUAAUUGCAGUAUCUUUAGAAAUUUGUUCUGUAUUUCCUCAAGAACAUAAAGAGACAUAUUAUACUCCUUACAAAAAAGAGGCAAAUUUGGUAUCGCCAGCUAGAGGAAAGUUGUGGGAUAAGUAUAAUAAUCUCAGAAAAGAAAUUAGGAAAACAAACCAAAGAUUGACUAAAGAGAUUACUCCUGAAAAUAGUUUUAUACCUACCCUAGAAUUAGCAGAUGAUAUAAUAUGGCUCAAAAAUAAUAUAUCACCUUGGAGUAUUGUUGAAAACAAAUGGCUUAAAACAUUUCAAGAGAGAUAUAAUUAUUUAUUAAGCGAUGAUACAAAUAGUUGUUAUCUAUCAGUCUAUCCUCCAUUAAAAAGUCCACUUGGAUUUACAUUGAUUGAUCUGUAUUUUAGUCAGUUAUACCCCCAAAAAACACUGAUUCUUUUUACCAAAUUCGAAAUUUUAAAAAACAAAUUAUCAAAUUAUAUAAAUAGAUAUAAUGUUAAAGGAAUUGAUAGUAAUUUGAUAGAUGCGAUCAUAAAUCCUCCAGAUUCUGGCAUUGACACAGUUGCUGCUCUAAAAGUUCUGGUAGAAUUAUUUAAACCAAUAAAUAUAUCAAAAAGAACAUGUACUGGAUCAAAAAAAAAUUUUACUAGACCAUCUAAAUUAGAAAUUCAGCAAUCAUUCAUUUAUUAUGCAAAUACAGUAUCACAGUUGAAAGAA